UUAUUGACUGAAUGCAGGGUUUUUCUUUUCAGACUAUCUGUAGAAAGCUAUGAGUAGUAAUAAAAGACGUCUUUCAAAGGAUAUCACAGGAGAACCUAAGAAAACAAAACACGAUGUACAUGUAAAUGCUAGUCAACAGGAUGAUGAAGUGUUGUAUGACAGCGAAAAUUCAUCCCAAGAAUAUUAUGUUGAACUUAUGGAAAUUGAUGAAGACACGCAAGAGGGAAAUUCUUCCUCUCUAAGCACUGAGGCAACUGGCAGUAACAGGGAAUUCUGUGAGAAUCAUCUGUGUUUCGCUAUAAAUAUUGGAACAAAUUAUGCAAGUCAGCAGAAAAAGAAGAAAAAAGAGAUGAAGAAAGAAGGCAAAGAAUCAGGAAAUGAAGAAAGUGACAUUCAAAGCGAGAAUAUUCUACGGAUGUGCAACGCUCUCCUAAAUUCCGGUGGGGGAGUGUUGGAAAUGAAAAUUUCCAACUCCCAGAAUAGUAGCACAAGUCAGAAGGAUCCUGUGGAUAGUUUCUGGCAAACCAUCGAGGAGCAAUUGAGAAGAAUGAUUCGUCCAUCAAGGUAUGACGAUGUUUUCGACCGAAGUGUACUGUCUGACAGAAUAUUGCUGUUCAUCAAUGCUCCUAAUCACUUCUGUACAAUGAAGUACAAUUUAUUUGUACCAGGAGAUGCGGGUGUUUAUGAAGCUACGUACGACGAUGUCGUCAAUUUUCUGAAGUUUGAAGGCUGCAAAAAGGACUUAAAUUCCUAUAUACGAGUGCUCGACCAGGGGAUAAUCAGCUUGAUCGAGGGCAAAUAGGUUCAAUAUAAAAAUUUCACUUCUCUUUUGUUUUCACAACAUAAGCAGCGUUUUACCAUCGCCAGACAGUUGUCAGCUUUUGGUAACUGUGAUGGUGGAGUUCUUCUUAUCGGAGUAGGAGAUGACCGAAGAGUUUCUGGUGUAGACAGUAAAGAGUAUGUUGAAGAACGUGUCAUUUCCCUUUUCACUGAGAAUAUUUGCUAUAAUUUUGAGCUUAAAAGAGGCAUCCAUUGGGAUUUAACAUUCUCUGAUGUCUCUGGAUCUGAAUCCAAAUCUGUCAUAGUAAUUAAAAUGGCAGGAAUUCGCGACUCUGGUGGAAUUUUUGCAAAAUGCCCCGAAAGUUAUGAAUUGCGAUGUGAUAUAAAUGGCCAGCAGGUUCCUCAUCUCGUUGCAUUUGACAAGUGGAAGGAGAGAAUGAAGCCUGAUGAUGCAGAUUUGCCAAGGAAUACCAAAGUGAUGGAAGAUAUGCUAAAAAGGUUCCGAAGGAUGCACAUAUCUAAUGGACAUCUUUUAACGGUGAAAGGUGAUGUUCAGAGGAUAAGGGAUGCGUUUUUUACAGUUGAUGAGAAGUUCUCAAUUUCACCGAGCGGUAUAGAGUCUACCUUUCCACUAGAGGCACAGGAAGCGAUACGCAACAUUCAGAAAGUUUGUUGCAGGGACCGUUAUCGGGGUUUUCUGGCUGUAUCACGUUCUUGGCUUCGCGAUACUGGAGGUACCGCAAUCGAUAGCGUCAUCUGUGACGUUCUUCUUAUCAGCCGAAACAUGGGUGGACUUCACCUGUACACUAUAUGCGAUGCGGCAGAUGAGAAGUCUAUGAAAUAUAGCAAAAAGGCUGCACAGUCCAUAAAGAAAAAACUUUCCGAAAAUGGCGCCAGGGGCCAAAAGUUUUAUGUGUCAUACCACGUGCUACCAUGUGGCGCGGGUGGAGAAGUGGGACUCCCAGUACCUGACGAUCGCUACCCGAAGUCUUAUGAUCUCCUUACUCCCCGAGAGAAACUUAAUGAAAUACUAAAAGCUAUGGUGAUAACUGUUGCUGCUGUGCCCUCUACUCUGUCCAGCAAGUUAGGAGUGACCAUUUUCAACCUCCUUACCACGGAACAGUUUCGUUUGGUUCAUCAGCAGAUUGAAGUAAAUCGGGAGUUAUGGAUAAAGGGAGUCGCUGGAACAGGAAAGACCCUUGUUGCAGUGGAAUUCAUGCGAGAACUUAGACGCCGGGAGAAAUUACAAAGGGAUGAAAUCCUUUAUGUUUGUGAAAAUGAAGGCAUUGCAAGCCAAGUAAGGAAAACCCAUCUAUGCAAUGCCAUUUGCCGUGAAACGUUCAUCAACCAUGCCGAGUUUCCACAAACUAAGCAUGUGAUACUUGAUGAAGUUCACAACUUCCGGCAGCGUGAUACAAUUUCCUGGUAUGAGAAGGCGAGGAAUCUAGUGCGACAGCAUGACUCCAACAGACCAGGAUACUUGUGGUGUUUCAUUGACAUCUGCCAAAAGAGUCACUCUUUUCCGUCAGGUAUUCCUGACGAAACCAGGCAAGAACCGCACGUUAGGUUACGAAAGGUCAUUCGUAACUCAGCGAAGAUAUUCAAGCAUGCAAAAAAAUAUCUUGUCGGUGAUGAUUCGAAAGACAAGGUUGAGAUAGGGCACGACUUCGAUGGAGACGAUGUUAGGACAAUAUAUUAUUCAAAGAGCGAAAAAACCGAACUGGAUGUUCUCUUUACUACGUUGCGCCAGUUUUUGGAAGAGGGGUACAAUGAGAGAGAUAUCGCGGUAUUGUUUUUGAAGCAUGAUGAAAUUCCUUCCGAUGACAGGCUCUCUGCGAAGUUGACUGGUUUAUCUUGGAGGUCUGCAAAGGACAAUGAUUCUGAAAACAUUGUAAUCAGCUCGGUUCUUAAGUACAGUGGUCUGGAAAGACCUGUCGUAGUACUUGUGAAUGUACACAGGCCUCUAUAUAAAUUUCACAAAUUUCCUUUCAUUUACGGUGCAGUGACACGUGCCAUGGUAAAACUCGUCAUUAUACGAUGCAAGGAAGGUUGAAUUUAUCUUCUAACUAAAAUAUUUAUGGAUGGAACUUGUGUCAAAAGUUGUAUCGUUGGUGUUUUCAAAAGUUUCAAAAGACAUUCAGAGGAACAUUGAGAUUGUGCAUGUAACUAUCUACCCCGAUUGUCUGAUCGGCAUUUGUGCCAAGUCUAGAAGAAACAGUAGUGCAAGCACAGAAGAAAUCCAUGCUUGUACGUUUUAGAUAUCUCCCUCCAAAUAGGUUGUCAUUUUACUGCUGUUAAUAAUUCAAUAGAGGGGCUCCGAAAUUUAAGUUUUUUCUAAAACAAUUUUUACGUGAACGAAAGACUAUAUGUUUGACGGGGAUCUUGUUUACGAAUAGUAGGCAUCAAUAGAAGGUAGUUCUCAACUGUAAGAAUGUUUUAAAUAUAUUCGAUAUCUUUGAAGAUAAAAUGUUUUUAUCAGCUUAUUUUACCUAGUAGAAAGUUUGUUGCUACGUGUACAUAUGUCACUGAAUAUUGUGGUUUCUGAAAAAGAGUUUUUUAUCAGCUUUCUUGUUCUCAGUAUAAACCGGACCCCUAACAC